AUGAGCAGAACAGGAUUUAUGGCAAUCGUCUUCAUAAUUUUUAUUCUUAAUGGACUGGUUACUAGUUUAAUGCGACGAUGUAGAUGUGAGGAAGAUGAUGAGUGUCGUGAUGAAGCUUUAAAUUUGGUGGAUAAUUGCUCCAUUAACUGUGGCUAUAACUUAGCCCCGAUCGGCGGUAAUAUACAAGACAUGGUGAAUUGUUUUGGUAAACAAGGACCAGCCAUUCAGGCUGAAGACAUUUGCUUAAGACGAAAAAUUAAUUACGAAUGUGACAAUCAGCCUCAGCCCACAUUCAUCAAUAAAACUAACUUCGAUAAUUUGGAGUUCGCAUUCAAUGAGACAACAAAACCGAUUAUUGGCUCACUUAUGCAAAAAAUAUAUGAAAGUUUAAUUGCUAUAUUUAAAUGUGGCUAUGAUUUGGCGGAUCGUGAAACACUGCUCAAUUUCAUGAAGGAUUGUGUUGGAGCUUAUCCGCAAUUCUAUAGUGAACAAAUACAAGCUUGUCAUUGUCUUCUACAUAAACUUCAUCUCAUGAAACUGAUAGGAGCAUGUAUUCAUAUAGGAAAUCCAUUCCUGAAAGGAUUCAAAUAG